AAAAUUGGGUUAUGUAAUUUUUUGAACUGAGGGUUCUGGGGAUGACUUAAACGUCUUGAACCAUAUUCUUCUCUCUCUUUUCWCUCCCCUUAACCCUUACUAAAACCACAGAAUAGAUUUCACCAUAGUCGUAUUAUAAAAAUGUCGUUGCUUAAUACAUAAUUUAUGAUAUAUAUCCAAAUUCAAAAUUUUAUUUAUCACUAUUCAUGAUUUUAAAAUUAUUUUUAUCUAUUAGUGAUAAUAUAGUGUUCACAUAUUUUGGUUAUAAGCAUUAAGCAUAUAGAUUGGAGAAUUCAACGAUUUAGAUUUAGAUCAUCUACAUGUGGAUUCGUGGGUCGUCGACGUCGUUAAUUGYCUAACUAAUUUACACUUUACAGAAUAAAAAUUACAAAUUAUAAAAAUAAUAAUAAUUGUUUAUGAAAUUUGAAUGAUACAAUGAUACAAUUUCACUUUGGAUGACGAAUUCAUGUAUGUGAGUAUCGUAAGUCAAGUAUAAUUAUUCGGUUUGAUGCUCGUGACGAAAGUAAUAAGARAUUAUUAAUCUUGUAGAAGUUACCAUCAGUACAGCGUGAUUAUAUUAUUAUGCCAUACUCAUGAUCCAAUCUCAAAUUUCACUAAUGAGAAAUAAGAAGAAAUCAAUUGUCAACUAAUUGUCUAGUUGUGAGAAUGGAUUUAUCAACGGAAGAACUACUUAGCAGAAAAGAGACGUUGAAGCAAUUUGAAAACUAUAUUGACCAAACAAGAAACACACUUAAGUGUUUUGUUGAAAAAAUUGGAUGGACAUUAGAUGAAACACCAAACAAUGAUAAAUUGGUCAAGUGUCCAUUUAACAAUGAACACAGAAUGCCAUCAUCCACACUCGAAGUUCAUUGUCAAAAGUGUGCACUGAAAAAAAAUGGAUACGAUUCAUCUCAUUCAUUUUACCCUUCUUAUAAUUUGUCAACCACUUUGGCCCAGACUGUAAAAAUUGCUUUUGAUCUAUCUUAA